GGUGGAGCCAGCGGAGGGCGGGAGCGCGGCAGCGGUACUUUUCCCCGGCGCCGCGCCGGCGUUGCGAGUACCCUUCGCAAGUUCACGGCUCGGACUGUUGCUUCGGCAUCUUUGUGAAAGCAGGUAACCAUGGCUUCUGCUUGGGUUGAUUCCAGAGGAACAAUACGGGAUUACCCUGGAUUCAAUGCCUCAAGAGAUGCAGAGGCGCUUAAGAAAGCAAUGCAAGGACUGGGCACAGAUGAAAAAACAGUGAUCGAAAUCCUGACAGGGAGAUCUAACGCACAACGGCAGCUGAUAGCUAAAGAGUUCAAAGCUUACACUGGAAAGGAGCUGAAAGAUGCCUUGAAGGAAGAUACUUCAGGUGAUUUUGGGCGUGUUCUGGAAGCUCUUGUAACGCCUCCUGCAGAGUUUGAUGCUGAACAAAUUAACAAAACCAUCAGAGGCAUUGGAACUAACGAGAAGGCGCUGAUUGAGAUCCUGGCUUCCCGAACCAGCAGGCAAAUCAGAGAAAUAACUCAGGCUUAUUACACAGUUUAUAGGUCCAGCCUGAGCGAAGACGUUGGUUACGACACGUCAGGAGACUUCAAAAGGACUCUUUUGGCCCUAGUCGAUGGCAGAAGAGAUGAAAAUCCACAGGCCCAUGAAGACGUAGCAAAGAGGGAUGCGCAGAUCCUGUACAAUGCUGGUGAAAAGAGGUGGGGAACGGAUGAAACCAAAUUUAUUGACAUUUUGUGUUCCAGCAGCUUUCCUCAACUUAAACUCACGUUUGAGGAGUACAAAAAUCUUAGUGGGAAGCGAAUGGAGGACAGCCUACGUAACGAAACAUCGGGGGAUUUUGCAGAACUGCUUCUGGCCAUCGUGAAGUGUGCAAAUAACACCCCUGCCUUCUUUGCUGAAAGGCUGAACACAUGCAUAAAGGGACCUGGUACUGAUGAAUUCACACUGAGCAGAAUUCUAGUCUCCAGGUCAGAAAUCGAUCUUCUGAAUAUUCGAGAGGAAUAUAAAAAUCUCUAUGGACAAUCUCUAUAUUCUGAUAUUAGUUCAGACACCUCUGGUGAUUAUCGGCGCACUAUGCUCAAGAUCUGUGGUGGAGACGACUGAUGGAGCCAACCCAGGCAGAUCUGCUGACUGCUCUGGUUUCCUCUUGCAUUUAUCAGUUCAUAGAGCUUUCAGAUGUUUAAGCAAGUGUAAACAUUGCGACUCCUCUUUUCAUUUUUUUUUAAUUAGGCAUCUUAGCAAACAGAUGUUUACUUUACUACACACCUUCAGGCACUUGAUGACACUGACUUUAUCACCUGCUGCAGAUUUUGGAUGAAAUCUACAUUCUGAAUUGCACAGGCCAGUAAUCUGCCAGAAAUUAUUAAAGCCUGUGAAGUUGGAAUCUGGAUGCAGUUAAAAGAUACCACAGUGUUUCGUACAUGUCCAGUGACUUUCUAGGACCAACUGUGAUUUGAACUGAGCUUUUCUUAUGCUGAUCCUGAAUUGCUCUUGUGUUGUUUUGCUGUUCCAAAGUUCCAGCUUCUCAAAAUGGGUUGCUGUAUCUUGCAUGCAAUAUAUAACUACCUCAGAACUGGACUAUUUGUGUUCCAGACCUGAAGUACCUUAGGAAAGGAGAUAGAAUACAUAGGGUUGUACAGUGUUUCAGAAAUAAUUUGGAAAAGUGCUAUGGACCAAAUGGGAACAUAAAUCUAGAACCUGCCAAGAACUCUUUAAAGCAGCUGCAUUGAUGCAGCUGCUUUAAAGAGUUGCAGACAAGUUCUAGGUUUGUGUUCCUGCAAUUUCUGGAAUGCCCUUUUGGAAUCAAAUCUGACACUGACUGGCUAAUGUAGCAUCAUUGGCCCAUUCCUCCUACCCUUAGAGGGCCCAAAAUUAAAUAUUUAAAAGUUCCCUUUUAAAACAAAUCAUAAAAAUGGCCAAAACCUUCCCAAAGAGGAUAGAACAUGCAAGAUGUCAGUACUAAUACUGCCAAAUUUCAGCCACUUUUUAGUCAUUUUAUUUUAUGGGGUGGUCAUUGAAGCUAUAAUGCAAGAAGUUGCGACGAUGGCCAACACCUGAAAAGGCCACUAACCUAUGAUACACCUGACACUGAUGCCAUAUAAAGCAUCAAUAUUGGGUGUAUCAUAGGUUACUGUUCAUAGUGGAGGGAAGCCAUCAUUGCCUUAAUUAUGGCUGUAUGGAGAAAGUCCUAGUUUCAGUCUGUGGCAUCUCCAGGUUAAAUUAAUGCUGUGUUGAAAGUUGCCUGUGUUGAAAGUUUUUCUUCACCUUUGAAAGAGGUCUCUGUGUUGCUGGCUUAUUCUCAGAGUGUCUGUUUUCUGCUUUGUUUUGAACCUGCUUCAUUGUGGGAAGCAGCAAAGGAUGUGCUACUGCUGAUGUUGCUGCUUUCACUAACACGCCUUUUCAUCACUCUAAUGCCUCCCUUGGUGGGCUGCCCUUUCCAUCUGGGACAAGCCAAUGGGAGGAGUUUUCUCAUGACGUCCUUCCUGGGAUUGAACAAAAGGGUGAGAAGUCAGCUUGGCUGCAGACUGCAGGAAAGGGAAGGAUGCACUGGAGAAGGAAUCAUCCACUUGUGCCUCUGAGCAUAAGAACAAGAACACCAUGCUGGCCCUGAGAAGUCCUCUCAGAUUUGUUUCUUCUUUGAAAUAAAAUUUGGAAGCAAA